CGUUGUUUCUCUUCAUCUCUCUCCGAAUUCAAUCUUCAUUUCAUUUUCCAUCCUCAUCCCUCUCACACACUCACACAAAAUGGCCUCUGAAAAGCCCCGUGUCUGUCUGGCCUACUCCGGUGGUCUUGACACCAGCUGUAUUCUCCGCUGGCUCAUCGAGGAGGGUUACGACGUCGUCUGCUUCCUCGCCAAUGUCGGUCAGGAGGAGGACUGGGCUGCCGUUGAGGCCAAGGCCCUGAAGAUUGGUGCCAAGAAGAUGAUCAUUGAGGAUCUCCAGCGCGAGUUCAUCACUGAGCUCUGCUUCCCCGCCAUUCAGUGCAAUGCCAUCUACGAGGGCCGCUACCUUCUCGGUACCAGCUUGGCUCGCCCCGUGAUUGCCCGUGCUCAGAUGCGCGCUGCCCAGCGCGAGGGCUGCCAGUACGUCAGUCACGGUGCCACCGGCAAGGGUAACGACCAGGUCCGCUUCGAGUUGGCCUUCUACGCCAUCCAGCCCUCCAUCAAGAUCAUUGCCCCCUGGCGUGAUCCCAAGUUCUUCAAGCGUUUCGCUGGCCGUAACGAUCUUCUUGACUACGCCGCUCAGACCGGCAUCCCCGUCACUUCCACCAAGGCCAAGCCCUGGUCCAUGGACUCCAACUCUGCCCACUGCAGUUACGAGGCCGGCAUCCUGGAGGACCCCAACCAGACCCCUCCCUCCGACAUGUGGACCAUGACCGCCGACCCCCUCACUGCUCCCAACGAGCCCGUCGACCUCACCAUUCACUUCGAGCAGGGUGUCCCCACCAAGCUUGUUGCCCCCGGCAAGGAGUACACCGACCCCGUCGAGCUCUUCUACGCUCUCAACAAGCUCGGCUACACCCACGGUGUUGGCCGUAUUGAUAUCGUCGAGAACCGCUUCAUCGGUCUCAAGAGCCGUGGCUGCUACGACUCUCCUGCUAUGACCAUCCUGCGCGAUGCUCACCUUGACCUUGAGGGUCUUGUCCUUGACGGUCAGGUCCGUGCUCUGCGUGACCAGUUCGUCACCCACAACUGGUCUAUCCAGCUCUACAACGGCCUGUACUUCAGUGCCGAGCGCGAGUUCAUCGAGAACAGCAUCAAGUUCAGCCAGAAGCGCGUCAACGGCGAGGUCCGCGUCCGCCUGUACAAGGGUCACACUUACAUCCUUGGUCGCUCCAGCAGCACCGAGAAGCUCUACUCCGCCGAGGAGGCCUCGAUGGACUCCCUGGAGGACUUCGAGCCCACUGACACCACUGGCUUCAUUGCCAUCCAGUCCAUCCGGUUGAAGAAGUACGGUCUCCAGAAGGCCGAGGAGGGUGAGAGCCUGAGCCGUGCUUAGGCGUGAGGCAUGAUUUGUACGAUUGAUCGGGAUUUUCAUGGGGCAUUUCUAAAAAAGGACAUAAAAGUAACACUUAAUGAAUAAGCACAAUUCUAGACCGAAUCCGAAUACCUUAG